CUCGUACCUUCAUCCCUCUCACACCCUUCCCACUUUUUCUCUCUAAAAAAACACACACACACAAACACUUUCUCUCUCUAUAACAAACUUCCGAUUUUCUAGAGAGAGAAAACAAUGGCAUCCAAAUCUCUUGUUAUCCUUUUCUUAUCUUUAAUCGUCGGAUCUGUCAUCGCUCAGUCACCAACCGCCGCACCGACUGUUUCACCAUCCGCCGCUCCCACCGCUACACCGCCGUCUCCCGUCGCAACUCCUCCGUCAACCGCCCCCGCCUCUACACCGACCGAAUCUCCAAUGGCUUCACCGCCUGCUCCACCUUCCCCAUUCACACCUGCCGGAUCUCCGAACCCGUCGAUCGCUUCUACACCUACUGAUUCACCUACUUCGUCACCACCUAACGCCGCCGCUAGCUUGGCUGUUGGAUCUGGAUUUGUGGUUGCUUUAGCUGCUGCUUUGGUCAUGUAGAGAAGUUGAGAAAAAGAGAGAUCUGAUGAAUUUGUUUUGUUACUUUUGUGUUUUUUUUUUUAUUUGAAUUUAUUUUGUUAUUAUUUAUUUAUUUUUAGUUGUUGAUUUUUAGGGUUUAUUAUUAUUAUUGUAUGUUUGGAUUAUUAUGAAUUUAUGAUGAUGAUAUUGAUACCACUGUUUAUUUUGAUUUA